ACAAAAACAACUAUUAAUUCCUCGUUAAAUUACGUAAAAAUCUAUUUUUCGGUAGUUUUUGAGUGACUUUGCAUGGUUUGAGCUAAAAACUAGGUCUGUUACGUCACCUAGGAGUUCGAUCUCACUAAAGUAAAAUGGCGCCAAUGCGCCACAUUGCUCUGUAACUGUGGCUCGUUACGCUGUUUGAUAACCGAGAUCCGUGUUAUAAGUGCUGCAAAAACUGUUUAACUUGAUUUCAUUUUGCGGGAAUUACAUUAUUUAAAGAUAAUUGUGACGAGUGAACUUUUAAGGAAGUGUAAUUUGGCACGUGCACGAGUUAUUUUUAGGCUUGUACGUGUCGUCAAGGAAAGCUAAUCGAUAAUGGCGAGAGACCGUUUCCCCUCGACGUCGUCGACGGACGAGAAUGAAUCCGGCACUGAUGGUGAAUCAGACAGGAAGAGAAUCACCAUCUCCUAUGGCGGCAUUCCCACGUCGCAACCACCGGGUGGUAUCAUCAUUCGCAAGAGGCGUGGCAAUCUACCGAAGCAUUCAGUGAAAAUAUUGAAGAGGUGGUUGUAUGAGCAUCGGUACAAUGCGUAUCCGAGUGAUGCCGAGAAACUGACGCUUAGUCAGGAAGCCAACUUAACCGUGUUGCAAGUAUGCAACUGGUUCAUAAACGCGCGGCGUCGCAUCCUGCCCGAGAUGAUCCGGCGCGAGGGGCACGACCCGCUGCACUACACGAUCUCGCGCCGCGGCCGCAAGCAGCUCAGCGGCGGCGCCGGCUCCAGCUCGCUGGUGGUCACCUCCUGGGACGGCACCGAGAUUGAGGGCGAGGGCGAGCGCGGGCGCGACCACGACUACGGCGACGGGCUGCUCGUGUACCGCAGCGACGGCGAGCUGGCGGAGGGCGAGGGCGGCGCGCCGGACGGCGAGCAGGAGGACUACUCGUCGAGCGCCGUCAGCGAGGAGGACGUCAAGUACGACCCCUCCGUGUGGCACUCCGUCAUCCGCUACGCCGAGGACGUGCACCCGGCCGCUAGGGGAUCAGCGGCGGUAGUGACGGUGCGCACGAUGGACGGCGAGCCGGUGGGCGCGGCGGAGGGCGAGAGCGCCGGCGAGGCGGGCGAGGGCUCCGGCGCGGGCGGCUGGCACCCGCAGCUCGCGCACCUGCCGCAGCUGCCGCACCCGCUGCGUCGCCGUCUGCAGGUGGUCGGCACGAGCGCGCCGGAGCCGAUGGAGCGCGACAAGUUCAAGUGCCUGUACCUGCUCGUGGAGACCGCCGUCGCCGUGCGCCAGCGCGAGAAGGAGCACGACGAGCUGCCCGUCUAACGCAUAUAACGGAAGGAUUGCGCAUUACCCACUGCAUCGUAGCUGUUCACGUCCAUACAAGUAGACAUACGGAGCCUAGACUGUCAUGCGGCAUGAUAUGCCAACUGUCAUGCAUACACGUCAAACUACACAGGCAUGCACAUGCGGCGUGAUCGUCCAGUCACAAUAACUUGCAUACUUUUUUACCGUGUAUAUUGACUUUUUGUAUGACGAUUAUAUGGUGUUCAAUGUUGCUAUAUUAUAUAUUAAAUUUCUAUAAAAAACAAUUUUUGGUCAGGUAAUAAUUUAUCAGUAUAUAUUUUCUCUGUUUAAACUAUUUUUUCUGUGAAAAUCCUAGUAAAUGUUAAGUUUUUGUGAACAUGUCUGUGUGUCAAUCACGGCUGGACGGAUUUGGAUGAAAACGUGCGUAUGGAAAGAUUUUUCAUUAAUACACACUGUUCAUAAAAAAUUGCUAAUACACAACUGUAUAAUUUUUUAUAAAUAAUUUUAAAUGUUUAGUGACCAGCGUUGAUGUGGAUUGUUCUGUAUAAAAUAAAAAAAUACUCUAAAAGUAUCAAACUCUGUAGUGGUUUUUGCACAACUAACAAAAUUUUCAGCAAUGUCCUAACAUAUAUUUGUAUUGUAUUGUAUUUUCAUAAAGAUACAGAUACUUACAGUUUGACCCAAGUAGUUAAAGAAAUAUACAUUUAUGUUACCUAUGCAUUAACGAAAAUCAAUGAAAUAUAUCUGGGGCUAGAAAUUUCAUACGUCUAUACUUUUUAUUGCAUAAUCUGUCAUCGUAAAAAAUCAGUAACUUGUUUAUCGGUCUCACGACACUUAGAGUUUCGUUCAAAUAACUGCAUAAAAAUUGAUCACCCAUCCAAUUAAUGUCGGUAUCAAACGUUGCUGACUAUUGAUUUUAUAUUAUUUGUUGUAGCGGCAAUAGAUAUAUAUCAUCCCUGAAAAUGUCCGCUGUCGUAGGACAGUUGAUUUUCAGGGUUAUUAUGAGUAUAUAAACCGUAAUAUGGUUCAUGAGAUACGGUAAAGACAAGAUGGACAGACAGACAAACGGACAGUGAAGUUUUACCCCAUGGGUACGGAAACCUAAAAACACGCGCUGUCAUAUAUCUAGUGUCAUUUCACGCAUGUGUCUUGUUAUCGCCAUAGUUCAUCUAUAAGCCCUUAUAUCGCAUGGGUCGAACGAUUAUUCUUUAGUGUUUUUCGAUCAUAUGAAAUUUCGCAAAAUAACUUUGGAAUUAGAAUCGUUUUCAGUAUUGCUUUGUUUGAAAUUUUCCUAUCUGGACACAAAUGUCAUCCAUAUAUUCAUAAUAAUUUUUAAAAAAUCUAAUAGAAAAUAUUGGAUUUAAUUGUAUUUAUAAAAGUUAUUUGGACAAGAUGGGCGUGAUAUUCUGCGAUUAAAAACGGUAUAUUUUUAAACUUCGAUUAACAUUAGAGGAUAUAUUUACUGAAUAAGGCGUGAUGUAUCUAUGAUACUAAUGGAUAUGAUAUCUGGUUAAAGUAGUAAAUAUAUUAUAAAUUAUAAUAUAACAGUGUAUACAUAAUUAUAUCAUAACAGAAUAUAUAAAUAUAAUCUAUGUAACCAUGGGUUGUUCAAAUUAUACUAUAACGGUUAAAUAUAUUAUUAUAACUAACUAGAUUAAAUUGGUUUUGAUAUACAUACCUUGUAGUGUUUUACAUUUAAAACGAAAUUUGAAAGCCAUUAAAUAUAAAGAAAUGAAAUGGAGAUGCGAUAAAUCAAUUGGUUAUUUUACAAAAGCGACCUUUUUACUAUUUGAACGAUCGUUCAAAAUGUAAAACUGUAUUUCCUGAGAAAGAGUGAAAAAUAUUUUUAAAAUUCUCAAAUAAAUAUUGCAAUUUUGGUUGUAAAUAAAACUAUUUAAACGUCGGAAAUCGAGACAUUCGUUCAUUUGGUUUUAUUUAAACACGUAAAUCAUUAUAUGUUUUGAAUAUCGUGUCUGGGUUUUUAUUUGUAUAAAAAUAAGUAUAUUUAUAAUAUAGAAGAUCCGUUGAGGGUUAUGUAUCAAUCGACCUUGUUUUAGUUAAAUGCAAAAUAUACAUACGCUUGGUUGUUAUAUUACCUUAGAUCUUAUUGUAAUUGAUUUUUAAGUUUUUUAGGCGUCAUAAACACGUUCAAGAAUGUCCUAGCAAAAUAUUUUUCAUUUGGAAAUUUGAUAAUGUACAGAAGGCGUAUUUUUUUCCUUCUUAUGAGGAUGAGGGAGUUUUAGUAAUAUAAUAUUUUUAUAUGUAAUUUUAUGUAAACUUAAAAUUAAUUAGGUCGUGUUUAGAACGCCUAAAAGUAGGAUGACGAUUGAUAUAUGGAGAAUUCUUUUUAGUUUGUAAGUUCAUAAUAAUUGAUUUUAGUUUAGUUUUGAAUGUAGGGCACGUUUCGUUUUUCGCCUCGGUACAAUAACUGUUAGACUAUUUUUAUAUUUAGUCCUGUAUAUACUUGUAUAAGGCCCUAACUUGUUAGUGAUUUUAAUAAAAUAUGAUUUCGCA